AUGCAAGGCGUCAAUUCGCAGCAGGAGGUGGUUGCGACUGAAGAACUCGAUGAUCCGGUUGGAUUGGCUAUUUCAGGCGAUCGUAAUCCAGCUGAUCAGGACUUGUUAGGGGUGUCAGUGAGUUCUAUUGAUGAAGCAUAUGAGGGGGGGUCACCACUCAUUGGUUUUACAAGCAGGGAUGCAUAUAACUCGUUGUGCACUGAUGUAUUGAACAAUUUGGAUGGAACCGACUCAAACACAUUAAUUGAAAUAUUUAGACAAAGGCAGUCAAGUGAAAAUGAUUUUUUCUUUGAUUUCGAAGUGGAUGAUGAGUCAAGGUUGUGCAGCUUUUUUUGGAGAGAUGGGAAAAUGAUGCGAGACUAUGAAUUGUUUGGAGAUUUGUUAGUUCACGAUACGACGUAUCGUACUAACAAAUAUGAUAUGAUUUGUGGUCCAUUCGUUGGUAUGAACCAUCACUGCAUGAACGUCAUGUUUGGAUGUGGUUUUUUGUUGAACGAGAGGAUUGAGUCGUUCGUAUGGUUGUUUAGGUCAUUUUUAAGAUCAAUGAAUGGGAAAAGUCCCCAAAGUAUAAUGACCGAUCAAUGCGCUGCCAUGGCUGCUGCUAUUUCCCAAGUUUUUCCAACCUCAAGACAUCGCCUAUGUAUAUGGCAUAUCGGUGAGAAUUCAAAGAAGUACAUCAAGGGACUAAGAAAUCAAAAAGAUUUUCUAGACAUAUUCAAUUGUCUGUUGAAACAUACAGAUACGGAGGCAGAGUUUGAGCUUUAUUGGACAAGGAUGGUCACAACAUACAAAUGCCAUAAUAAUUCUUGGAUUGAAAAGCUGUAUCAAUGUAGAGAAAAAUGGUGCCCUGCAUUUAACAAAGAUUAUUUUUCUGGUGGUAUUUUAUCUUCACAAAGGAGUGAAACCACAAAUCACUCUAUUUCUAGAAGGUUAUCCAAGACUGCUGGGCUAUGUGAUUUCUAUAGCUCAUUUGUUGGUGUUGUUUCGGAGUGGAGGAGUAGAGAGAACGGGGAAGAUGUCCGGUGUUCCCAAGGUGUACCUACAAUGGCUAUGGAUCACAUUAAGAUUCUUUCACACGCUAGGGAUAUUUAUACGAUUGAGAUAUAUUACUUGUUCGAAGAGCAGUUUUUGAAAGGGGCAUCAUGCUAUCAAGAUUGCAAGCUGUUCACUGAAACCGGGAUCUUAUGCUGUCACUGUUUACGCAUUUUAAACGUGCAUUGUGUGUCUGAAGUUCCAAAUAAAUAUAUUCUGAAGAGAUGGACUAAAAGAGUUUUGGAAGACGAGAAUGCUGGUAUUAUCCCCCCAUCUCAGUGCUUUAAUGUUCCCUCUUCUGUUUGGACUUUAGAGAUCACUAGGAAAUUUCAGAAGUUGGUUGUUUAUUGCCAAGAAAACAGCGAAGCACGCAAAAUUUUUGAGCAAGCAGUGUUAGAUGCCAAGAGAAAAGUUGAACAUGAGUAUGACCCUAUUUUCUUCGAAGGUGAAGAUUGUGAUGUGGAAUCGUCAAGCGGUGUUAUAAAGGAUCCAUCAAACAGGCGGUUGAAAGGGUCUCAAGUUGAAGAUGCUAUUUCUAAUAUUGCUGGUAAUGGAUACCUGGUGCAUCCAAUGUCUGGAGGUUCAACUUUUUGUCAUUUUAGGUCAAAUUCAAAUCAAGAGGACAAUUAG